AAAAAAUCUACAGAAAGUCACGUGUUCCUUGCGCAUGCGUGAAGUGUGUGUCUUCCGGUACCAGUCGUGUUGUGAAACGUAUCUGCAUUAAUUCCUUCAUUUUUACAUUUGUACUUAUUCGUCCAUCGCAAGAAAAAACUAAAUGUAAUUAUUUAUUCGCGUCAAGAUUAACUUAACUCGUGUCAGCGAACUGUAAAGCCUAUCAGGCUGAGCUUGCUAGGUAGCUUAGGUCGCUAGUUAGCCUAGCUUGUUAGCCGCUAACAAGGAGACGCGGAAAUGGUCAACACAUCGCUAAGCAGAGAUCAAGUCUACAAUCGGGCGGAAGGCGGUGUACACCCUGGACAAGUCACCAUCUCAUCGCAGCUACACGUAACAAUUCCGGACUAUUCAGUGGAAAAUAACACUGCAGCGAUCACGUUCAUACAAAUAGCUGUUUAAAAGGCAGCUGUGAGCUUGGCUCCUCGGCUUCUCUCUGAGACACUGUGUGUUCACCGCAGCCGUCCGACCUCGAGCUCUUGCUGCUGGAGGCUCCCAUUAAAAACAAUGUGAGGACUUGAGGAGCCCUCACCCUUGUGACGUCAUCGUCUGCGACUUCCGGUAAAGUAGACGUCUGCUAAGACAAUCUUCUCCCUGAGCACCAGGAGUGGAGCUUCAAGAUGGAGCAGAAGAAGCCACAAACCCCCCACAACAAAGAGGAAGAGGAGGAAUACAGCAUUGGUCAGGAGGGAAUGCAUCUUGAAUGGUUGAAGGAGUUCCCAGUUAUUGGUGUGACUGUGAAGAGUGAUGAUGAUGAGGUCAAAAGGGAAAGUCAGGAGAAGAGAAAGGUGGAGCCUCCAAACAGCAGCUCAAAUCAACACAUGACAACAGAAGCUGAUGGAGACCUCUGUGGAGGAUCACAAGCAGAGAAGCUUUUAGCUCCACUAUCAGAUAGUGAGGACACAACGUCACACUCUCCUGACACUGAUGACGAAGAUAACACACACUUGACAUGUUCUCACUGUGACAAAACAUUUAGGUAUCCUAGUCAUCUGAAAAUACACACGAGAAUACACACUGGAGAAAAACCUUUUUGCUGUUCAAUCUGUGGUUUAUGUUUUACACAGAGUGGAAGUUUGAAAGUGCACACGAGAAUACACACUGGAGAAAAAACAUUUGUGUGCUCAAUUUGUAGUAAAAGAUUCACCCAUGAGGCAAAUUUAAAAGUACACACAAGAAUACACACUGGAGAAAAACCUUUCAUGUGUUCAGUCUGUCGGAAAGAUUUUGUACGAAAUACCGAUUUUAAAGUACACAUGAGAAUACACACUGGAGAAAAACCUUUUUCCUGUACAGUCUGUAGUAAAAGGUUCGUGCGAAGCCAACAUUUGAAAAGACACUUGAGAACGCACGCUGGAGCGAAAACAUACUCCUGUUCAGACUGCAAUAGGAGAUUCUGUGACCGACUAGCAUUUAAAAAACAUAUGAAGACACACACAGGUGAGAAAGGAUUGAGUUGCUUUGUGUGUGGUGAAAGAUUCUCUUCUAAGUACCAGUGUAAGAAACACAAGUGUGCUGGUGAGAACAGCAGCAGCAAAUGAAGCCGCAGGAUUGGAAAUCAACCAUCAAGACUUUGAUAACUUUGACUUUCUAACAACAUCAGCACAUAUAACAUGUGUGACAUCGUUGUUGUGUGUGUAACACAUUCUCUUUAAUAUGCGUCUACAAUGUACAAAUACAAUGUUUUUUUUUAGAAUAGUAGGUUUAUUUUAUUCAAGUAUGUGUGUUAAUAUACUACAUCGUGUACAUAUCCUUAAAACAACUUCCUAUGAGAAA